AUGGGUGCAACACUGGUAAUGGCGGCGAGUCUCGCCAUUGUAUUAGGUAUUAUCCUAGUGUUUCUAGCAGAGCUCUAUUGUUUCCUCUGCCUACGCCGCCGUCAGCUCAAAUCUUCCGCCACCCCCCCCACCAAUACUACCACUACAGCUUCUUCUUCUUCUUCCCUUAGUAGUGUCUAUGCACAAGGAGUUCUUCAUGCACCAACCAACUUCCUCUUCCCUCAUCAAGAAGUCCUUGAAAUCCAAGCUCAAGAACCAAACAUAAUAAGUCCCCAUCAAAUUGGUAUCUUAUAUCCCACAUCUCCACCAUUCACUUCCUUUGUGAAUUCACCACCUUGCAAUGCAUCUCUAGGAAAUAACGGUGUGGAAGAUUUGGUUUACAUAUCGAAUCCUAUUUACGACAACGAUGCCGGAACCGGCAUGCCGGAAACUCCGUUCAUGGGAUGA